AUGUUAUCUAUGCUGGAUGUCCGUAGUCUGUUGAUGAGAGAAAUCUCUGAGAGUGUCUCAAAGAACAUAUUUCCAGUCUCUUCAUCUCUUGAAGGACCUGUGUCUUCGAAAGCCAAGUCAGACUAUAUAGAUCUUUGUGAGAACUCAUUAAUCCUUGCUGGAAUUAAUGAGAUGUCAGUAUUCCAAAUAUGGAAAGAUCCCAUUACUUUUAGACCCACGUUAAGACUGAUGACAAAGUUCUACCAACACAUCCUGGCCUUGGCGUUUGCAGUCAAUGAGAUCAAUGAGAAUCCCAAGAUCUUGUCCAAUGUCACUCUUGGGUUCCACAUCUAUGACAGCUACUAUGAUGCAAAGAUGACGUAUCAUGCUACUCUGGAACUGUUGUUCAGAUUCCACAGAUAUUUUCCAAACUAUGAAUGUGACAUGCAGAAAAAUGUAAUGGCCAUCAUCGGAGGAUUUCACUCUGAUAUUUCCUUCUAUAUGGCAAAUAUCCUACAUCUUUACAAGAUUCCACAGCUCCCAUAUGGCUCAUUUGCCCCUGAGGGAGAUGCAAGACAACUGAGCUCCUUUUUUCACAUUGUUCCUAAUGCAUCCCAUCAGUAUAUGGGGAUUAUCUGGUUGCUUCAGCAUUUUGGAUGGAAGUGGGUGGGGCUCUUUGCUGCAGAUGACGAUGGUGGAGAACAUUUUCUGCAAGUCCUGGAGCCACUGCUCUCUCAGAAUGGAAUCUGUUCGGCCUUCACAGAAAGGGUCUUAGACCGAGAACAUGUGGAUUCCUUUCUUGAUCUCAUUGGUUUAAUCUCAAAUAUAUAUGCGCCUCUCACAGAUAGCAAAGUCAAUGCAUUUGUCCUCUAUGGAGAAUCUUUGACUAUUCCAGCACUCAAUGCUCUUAUGAUACUUGGCAAUCCUAGAUAUAAGGAAAAUAUCUCAUUUAGAAAGGUGUGGGUAAUGACUGCCCAGAUUAAUUUUGCAGUAUCAGGCGUUCAGAGGGAAUUGGAUUUUGAAUAUUUCCACUGUGCUAUUGCCUUCAAAAUUCACUCAAAUAAGCUUCUAGCAUUCCACAAAUUUCUUCAGGACAUACAACCUUCUGGGAAACCUGAAGAUGGUUUCUUCAAGGACUUCUGGGAGCAAGCAUUUGACUGUACAUUUCCAAAUGCCUUGGAGCCAACAAAUGUUAAUGAUACAUGUACUGGGGAGGAGAGGCUGGAGAACCUCCCAGGGCCUGUUUUUGAAAUGUGCAUGAGUGGCAACAGUUACACCAUCUAUAAUGCUGUCUAUGCAGUGGCACAUGCUUUGCACUCUGUGUAUACUUCCAGAUCAAACUGCAAAUCAAAGGUGGACAGGAAAGAAGCUGUAUUUCAAGAUCUUCAGCCUUGGAAGGUCCACCCAUUCCUUCAAGGAGUUGUAUUUAAUAACUCAGCAGGUGAAACAAUAUCCUUUACUAAUGACAGAAGAAUGGGAGCUACACUGGACAUAAUGAAUUUGGUCACGUUCCCAAACAAAUCCUUCGAGUUGGUUAAGAUUGGAAGGGUGGAUCCCAAUGGUGCUGAAGGGAAAGAAUUAAUUAUUCAUGAGGAUAUGAUUGUCUGGCCAAGAAGUUUUAACAAGGGACUACCUCUGUCUUUAUGCAAUUACCACUGCAAACCUGGCUACCAGAAGAAAAGGAAAGAAGGGGAGAAAUUUUGCUGCUAUGACUGUGUUCUGUGUCCAGAAGGGAAGAUCACAGAACAGGAGGAUAUGGAGGACUGUAUCGAGUGCCCAGAAGAUCAGUAUCCAAGCAUGGAGCAUGAUCGAUGUGUGCCCAAGAGUCUAAGCUUUCUCUCUUACCAAGAACCUUUAGGCAUCAGUUUGACUGCCAUUGCUUUUACUUUUUCACUGAUCACAUGUUUGGUUCUAGCAAUUUUCAUUAUGCACAAAGAUAGCCCCAUAGUUAAGGCCAACAACCGUGAUACCACCUACACUCUCCUCGUUUCCCUCUUGCUCUGCUUCCUGUGUUCCUUGCUCUUUAUUGGACAGCCCAGGAAGAUGACCUGCUUCCUCCGGCAGUCCACUUUCAGCAUCGUCUUCUCACUGGCUGUUUCUUGUGUCCUGGCCAAAACUGUCACUGUGGUUGUAGCAUUCUUGGCUACCAAACCAGGAUCCAACAUGAGGAAGUGGGUGGGGAAAAGACUGACCAACUCCAUAGUCCUUUCCUGUUCCCUUCUAGAAGCAGCCGUUUGUGUCGUGUGGCUAGCAACCUCUCCCCCAUUCCCCAAUUUUGACACACAGUCCCUGACUAGGGAGAUCAUAGCCCAGUGCAAUGAAGGAUCCAUCAUGCUAUUUUAUAUUUCCUUGGGCUACAUGGGAUUUCUGUCCAUCAUAAGCUUGACUGUGGCUUUCCUUGCCAGAAAAUUGCCAGACAGCUUUAACGAAGCCAAGUUCAUCACCUUCAGUAUGCUGGUGUUCUGCAGUGUUUGGUUGUCUUUCAUUCCAACCUACCUGAGCACUAAAGGGAAAUACAUGGUAGCGGUGGAGAUCUUCUCGAUCUUGGCAUCCAGCGCUGGGUUAUUGGCCUGUAUCUUUUCCCCAAAAUGCUACAUUAUUGUUCUGAGACCUGAUCUGAAUAACAGGAACCAGCUAAUUAGAAGGAUGAAUAAAUAA